AUGCCUUCUAAGAAAUCAGUAUCUUUUGAUAAACUGAUUGCUAUUAUUGGCGAUGAAGAUACUUGUGUUGGAUUUCUGCUUGGCUGCAUUGGUGAAGUAAACAAGAGUUUGGAGUCCAACUUUAUGGUUGUUUUAAGAGAUACUACAGCCGAGGAGAUUGAGGCUUGCUUUAAGCGUUUUGUGGGCCGUUCGGAUAUUGGCAUUAUAUUGAUUAAUCAAAUAUAUGCGGAUAUGAUACGUAAAACAAUCGAUGCCCAUACAAUGGCCAUACCAACUGUAUUGGAAAUACCAUCACAACAACAUCCUUAUGAUCCUAGCAAGGAUUCCAUUUUAAAAUUAGUAAAUGGCAUCUUUAAGUCACCUGCCAGGAAAAAGUAAGGCAUUAACUUUUCGUAAAUUAAAAAUUUAUACGAAUUUUUGGCGUUUUAAGAAAAUUGUCAAAAAUAAAUAAAAAGAAAUACAAAAAUAAGAAAAGAAAG